AAGUCUAUAUAUAUUUUUUAAUAUAUUUUUUUAGCAUUAACAAUAUUCCAUUGUAUUCGUCCCUGUUAGAGGACCAACACCAUCACCACCAUCAACGUUCAACCUUGAGCGACUGUAAAGAUGAAGAGAAAUGGAUCUGCUAUUGCUUCUUGGGUAUGGAGAAGGUUAUUUCCUCACAAUUGCCUCUCAAAAGGUACUUGUCUUCCUACCGCUACUACUACUGUUCAUUAUACAGUUUCAUUUCACUCUCAUUCUGCUACUUCAGAUCGUAAAUCACUGACCCAGAAACCUAGAAUUGGGUUUUACAAUAUUAAUAAUCUCCAAGACACUCUCAAUUCAUUCAAUCGAAUGCUCAAAACGCGACCUUUGCCUUCUGUUAUUGAAUUUACUCAGCUUCUAGGGUUUAUUACCAGAAUGAAACAUUACUCUACUGUUGUUUCUCUCUACAAACAAAUGCUUGUUUUGGGUAUCCCAGUUAAUGAUUACACCAUGAACAUCGUAAUAAACUGUUAUUGCCACCUCAAUCGAGUCGAUUUUGGAUUUGCUACCGUAGGCGACCAACUUAAACGUGGUUGUUGUGCACCUGAUGUAACUACAUUCAACACCCUGAUAAAAGGGCUUUUCUUAGAACAUAAAAUUGCCCAGGCGAUGGGGUUAUUCAACAAGCUGUUGAGGGAGAAUGAGAUUGAGCCUGAUGAAAUUAUGUAUGGAACAGUGAUAAAUGGUCUUUGCAAAGCAGGGAAUACUAGCAUGGCCAUUGGGCUACUUAGGGCUAUCGAGAAAACAAGGGCUAACUUAGCAAUGUAUAACACCAUAAUUGAUAGUCUCUGCAAGGACAGAAUUGUAGAUGAUGCUUUGGUCUUUUUCUCCGAAAUGAUUGAGAAAGGUAUGUUGCCUGAUGUUAUCACAUACAAUUCUUUGAUUCACGGACUUUGCAAUUUUGGUCGAUGGAAAGAGGUUAAAAGACUACUGAAUGAGAUGGUGGAUCUGAAAAUUUUUCCAAAUGUAUGUACCUUCAAUAUUUUGGUAGAUGCACUUUGCAAAGAAGGGAUGGUUAGAGAUGCAGAGAGUAUACUUAAAAUCAUGAUUCAAAGAGGUGAGGAUCCUAAUGUAGUCACUUAUAAUGCUUUAAUCGAUGGAUAUUGUUUGCAAGGCCAGAUGGAUGAAGCAAUGAAAGCAUUCAAUUCCAUGGAGGACAGGGGAAUUGAGCCUAACACUAUCACCUGUAACACUUUAAUCAAUGGAUAUUGCAUGCAGAUGAAGAUUGAUGAGGCCAUGUAUCUCUUGCGAGAAAUGCCUUGUAAAGGAUUGGAACCCACAAUUGUCACUUACACAACUAUGCUGCAGGGGUUGUUCCGAAAUGGUAGAUGUGCUGUAGCGAGAAAGCUUCUGAAUGAGAUGCAAGCUAGGGGCCAAAUUCCAGAUACUCACACGUACUGUGUCCUGUUGGACGGCCUGUGCAAAAACGGGCACGUUUCUGAAGCGUUGUCAAUAUUUCACACGAUGGAAAGAAAUGGAUUAAAUUCUCAUAUUUCUAUUUACAACAUCCUCAUUGAUGGACUUUGCAAGAAUGGACAGUUUGACGUUGCAUGGGAUCUUUUUGAUAAACUUUCCUUCAAAGACAUGCAGCCUAACGUUAAGACAUAUACUAUACUGAUAAAAGGACUUUGUGUAGAAGGACUACUCGAGAAAGCUGAAGAGCUGCUCAGGAAAAUGGAAGACACUGGUUGCUUUCCUAAUAGUGUCACUUACAACACUAUUGUCCAAGGAUGUAUGAGAAGGGAAAAGUGUGACAAGGCAGUGGCAUUUCUAGAGGAAAUGAUCAAGAGGGGCUUUUCACCAGAUGCGUCUACAUUUUAUGUGUUACUACAUCCAUUAUACACUACAGGUCAAGACCCUGCACUCCUCAAAAUGAUUCAGAAGUUCAUGCCAAAGGAAAACAUGAAUAUCCAAGCCUAAGUGCUAUAAUGUGUGUCUGCACUUCUCAUGAUGAAUGUUGCUGCUGGUGAUUAUUUGUUAGUAUCAUUGGAUAUAUUCCACAAUCCGUUUGUAGAAGCAUUACUAUUGAGAGAAUAUCUUCUGGGAAAUUGGUAGAUAGUUUUCAGACAUAAUUUUUGUGUAGAAUCUGAUCAUUUGACUGCAAUCGCUAAAGGGAUUGAAUCACCAAAAUAAGAGUGCUCGAAUGAUUUCUAGCAUUUAUUUUCAGUUCGUCUAAUAUGAAGGUGGAAAACUUUUAUGCUUGUUCCGUUGCUAAGAAGACGCAAAGAAAUGCAACAUAUAAGUGGAGCACUUUUUAAUUCAAAAACAUUGCAGGGAUGAAUGGGUUGGUUCAAACUUCGGAGGGAUUCAUUUGCAAGACAAACCGCGCUGCUACUAGUGAUGUUGAUAUGCAAUUAAUGGUUUUCUUUAGCCAAAAUUAGUCAGACAACUUGUUGAAUAUCUUGGUUGCGAAAAGUAUGACCUUUGGGACUAAUUCCGUAUUCGGUUGCUUGUUUUGAUCCUUUUUGUUUCCAUAGCAAUUUUAUAUUUUACUUGUGACAAUAGUUUCAACUAUGAGUUCUAAGGCAUUUAAUUUAUGAAUCAAUAUAAUACUUGGAGUUGAUGGAGACUGCAUUCUUUCA